AUGAAACACAUCGGAGAUAUACCAAACUCUCAGCACUACAAUGUUGUGCGAUUUUGUGAUACUUUGAUGAAUCAAUCAGUACAUAUUGAUAAAGAGAUGCAAAAAAAGUUUGCUAAUCGAAUUGAAAAGAAUAGGCUAAGGGGGAUUUAUUUUAGGGGGCAUGAUGAGAAAAUUGAUUCAAAAAAUUGUGCUAACUUCAUUGAUUUAAUCAAGUACACAACUUCUUACAAUGAAGAGGUUGCAGUUGAAGAUAAUUAUGAUUCUAAAUAUUGCAUAAUCGUGGAUGAGGCAAGUGAUGAAAGUAAGAAAGAACAAAUGUCCAUUGUUCUUAGAUAUGUUGACAAGAAAGUUACAUACAAGAACGAUUUUUUGAUCUUGUCCGUGUCAAAGAUACAUCAUCUUCCACUUUGUAUUCUUCUAUACAUGAAACUCUUACUUCUUACGAGCUUGUUAUUGAGAAUCGUCAUGGACAGGGGUAUGAUGGAGCUAACAACAUGCGUGGUGAAUGAUAGGGAUUACAAGCAUUAUUCCUUAAGUAUUAUCCAUGUGCUUAUUAUAUACAUUGUAUGGCUCAUCGGUUUGGUUGCAACAGCUGGAGAAGUAAGCUUUGUACAUGAACAUUUUCCAAAAUUAUCUUUCAUUGUGAAUGUUGUAGAUGCUUCUUGUAAACGCCAAUAUGAGAUACAAGCUGCUCAAGCUGCUGUAUCUGGUGAAAUUAAUACUGGUAAAGGUGCUAAUCAAAUUGGUACUUUAAAAUGUGUGGGAGACACUCAUUGGAGCUCGCAUUUUACUUUUAUUAGCAGUCUUCUUCGGAUGUUUAAUCCAACUUGUACGGUUUUGGAAAACAUAAAAAAUAGGCUCUAA